CCUCCCCCGCCUCCCACUGAGGAUGCAGGACAGUGAGACCGGUGCUGAGCUCUGACUCCUGAGGAGACCCUCACACGGCCACCGUCAGGGAGGAGAAUCACGCCGUGGGAUCCGAUUCCUCUGGCUUCUUUUGGCUUCGCCCCCGUCUCCUCACAGUCCUUCACACCUUUCUGAUGACUCAUGACAGCAUGACGGGACUCGGACGCGCACGUUUGGGAUGAUUUUAACAAUGGUUCGCUUCAAACGCAGCGUCAGAUUCCCGCGGAGCUGCAGCUGAGGUUUCAUUCAAAGUGGAUCAACUGGAUUCCGGCGGCGUGAUGGAUACAAAUGAGUUCGCGGUGCUGAAACUUUUUGUUGUUGGGAUUCUGGUCAAUGCCUGGAUGAUGAGAGGCUUGUCAGCCACUGACAGUUUCUACGUAGAGCCAACUUCCCCCUGGCCGAGGAAACUCUGCAACGAAUCCCGGCUGCAGUGGGAGGUGGAGGUCUGCGCAGAGGGCUUCAAGCGGGACAUGGAACACAUAGAUCCACAGUACUGGUGCAACCUCACACACUUCAUCAGUGAGUACCACCUCUUCACACUGUGCACAGAGGCUAAGUCCCACAUCGUGCACUGCUACUGGCCCAACCCGCUGGUGGAGAGCUACAUCAUCCGCAUACACAAGCACUUUUUCUCCAACUGCACCGUUGAGCGGGUGGUGUGGGUGGACCCGCCGGACGACACGCUAACCAUCCUCAUCCUCAUCCCCGUGUUCCUCACGUUGGCCAUGAUCGCUUUGGUGGUCUGGUGCAGCAAGAGGAGCGACGUCCUGGCUUAGGAGGAGAGGAGGAUGGAAGAGGAUGGCGACGGAGUUCAAGGACCCAACCUCGCCACUAAAACUAUCCUGUACAAAGUGUGCACACAUGGUCAAAUUAGCCCAUAGGUAGCCCAUGCAAACCACCCAAACUUCCUGUGAAACGAGGGAACAGCAUUUUCUGACAUAUUUCAG